AUGUCCGUCGGAAUUGCGUUCAUCUUCCUUGGAAUGCUACUCUUAUUUGACGGCGGUCUUCUAGCCCUUGGAAAUCUCAUCUUCAUUCUCGGCCUAGGUCUCUUCAUAGGCGCAGAGCGCGUCACACGCUUUUUCUUCCAGUGGCACAAGGUCAAGGGCACAUCCUUUUUCUUUGGAGGAAUGCUUGUGGUGAUAUUCGGAUUCCCACUCAUCGGCAUGCUUAUAGAGCUUUACGGUUCCUUUCUUCUCUUCAGUGGAUUUUUGCCGGUUAUCUUCAAUUUCCUGUACCGCGUGCCUGUCAUCGGCUGGCUGCUUACUUUGCCCGGGAUAAGUAGGGUAAGUAAUAGCAAUAUACUGUUUUUUGAUCUUGCUUUUUGA